AUGACCUCCUCCAGAGCUUCGGCGCAGGCCCAGAUCUACCCUGGAAAGGGCCUGGGAUUCAUAACCUUGGGAGCUUCCCUUCACAAUGUUCUCAGUCGUGUUAAAGCCCAUCCCCAAACAUACCCCGCAAUCGAUCUGGCAUACUCGUCUUCAGAUCCCCUGCGAAAGCCAGUUGUCUUACAGCUUCCGUCGAAUGGUCUUCGCUUACGAUUCGAUGGCCCUGACCAGAGACUGCGUCUGAUUGAGGUACUCGACUUCACCAAGAUAUCGAUGGUUUACAAGAAUCAAGAUGUGGUCAAGGGCACAAAGGAGCAAUCGCCAUCCCAACAGGGUCCUAGCUUUCGUCAUGUCUACAAUCGUCUCUUCGGUCCCUCGUAUCCGGGAGAAUACAUACCUCCAGCCUCUCACACUCCUUAUGGCACUUAUGUGCUUUCGUAUCCUGGGGUCGCGUUCUCCUUCCCGCUUCAGAACUCGGCGUAUUCGGACCAAUGUGACUUUGUAGCAUUGCUCUCAUCCUCAGCAGCACUGCCCGCCACAUCGAUGGCGAUCUACCAGGGCUCAUCGUGGCCGGAAUCCAGGUCCAAAUUGUUCACACAGCCGCCUCAGUAUCCUCGUUCUCCAGCACUGGUCGGGAAGAACAGGGAAGCGGUUCCGGAUGAGAUCGAGGAGUUUAAUGUAUUGGGAGCUGGGAAGAUUGAAAUCAUCCGAAGAUCAACUCCUACCACAUACAUCUCACUCUCUGAGACCACUCCCCAAGAUUUGAUCGCAGAAUUUGGGCCGCCAGAUGCUAUCUAUCGUAAGAAUGAUCGAAGGAUCUCAAUCCACCGUGCUGCAGGCAGCGGCGGUCGUGCAGAUGCUUUGCAUAUGAGUUCAUCCCCAGCCAGAGGGAUUGAUGUUACUGAUACCGACCAGUCUUCGAACAACAGCGUGACUGAUGAUUCUGACGAGGAAAUUUCCCAUGGGGAAACCUUGGACCCUUCCUCAAUGCCCACAGAAUGUUUCUACAAUUAUUUCCACCAUGGAUUUGAUGCUUUUAUCAGCUACCCUACCACGCCUGGCCCUGCAUUUCCGGGGUCCGAUCUAUCUGAUCCAGCACCUCCCACUCCAUCGUCUCAACUGGUUGUCACAAAGAUUAUCCUACAUGGAAACGUCCCGGGCUCGUAUCCAUUCAACCGCCAUCGGCGCAGUCGCUGGACUAUCUACUUUGAUGCACAUGGUGAUUCUGUGACUUCAGAGACACCUUACGACGAGAUCUCAUCACGGCUCAGGGACGUCUGGAAGGGAUCGUACGCGAGCGCUACAGAGGAGCGGGCGCUUCAACGUCCAAUGGUGUUGAAUCGCGGCUGGGGCGACAGCCCAGAAAGCAGCGUUGAGUUUCUCGGCGGCUGGGAAGAAAGUACCGGCCGGGGACCGAGAGCCGGCGGCGAUAGCCAGGAUGGUGGUCUAGGGAAUACCGAGUUGUUUGGAUUUCCUGGGCUUCUAUUUGAAGUCAUGAAGAACGGCGCAGUGAGCUGCGUCACGAUUUAUUGA